GUUAAUGUCUCUUCUCACUACAGGCUACAAAGGGUGGUGGUGUCAAAUCACCUGAAGACCGGAGGAUGGAGAAAAUGCUAAGGAAAACGUCAAGAGAAAUUCACAAACUACGAAAUUCCAAAACGCCUAGAGGUCAACCUGAUGUUGUAUCAUUUAAAGAGAAAAUGGCAUUCUUCCUAAAGUCCAGCCCUACGAUUCCUCCUCUGAGUAUGGAUUCUGACAGUGAAGUGGCAUCGCCUACAGAGCCACUCAGCCCGUUACAUCUUCUAGCAACCACUACACUACCAUCAUACUCGUCUGCUACUGCAGACCAGAAAAACUCGUCUCAUUCAUCAUGCAUUGCAAGGCUAUCACUUAUAAGUACAGAUGAGAAGUCUGGCGAGCACACGCCCAUGCAGUCUCCACACACAUCAUCUCCCUCGUCACCAACGCCCACACUGGCUGCUACGCUACCCCCCAUGGCUGGGACUGCCUCUUUAUUAGUGAGGCAGUUAACUGCUAGACAAGCAACCACUGGUGCCAUUCCCAAGGUCUUCCGUCCUGAUGUUCUCUUCAGUACUGAAGACCAAGGUGUAGAAGUCUGAUUCUUCCCUUCAAAAGUAGAUGAUCAAUCAGUGGUUUUAUUUUUGUUGUUCAUGACUCGGUCUAUCCAGUAUCAUCAGGCUUACUUUUAUUUAUUUAAGAGACCCUGGAUUAAAGCUAGGACAGACAAGAAACUUUUAUUACUUAGUUGCUGAAUCUCAUAGUUUACAGCUUGACUUAUGACACAGGACUGGUGUAUAGAUGUCUGCUUUCUUCAGGGUUCUCAUCUUUUACAUAAAGAGGCUUCCAUAUGCCUGUGUUGCUGGGUGGACGUCUCGUGUCUCUCACAGUAAAAUCCCUUGAUGAAUUCACUCACAAGGAUUUUGUUUAUUUUUAUUGUAUAGUAAAGCCACAAAAGAUCAAUUAUGGCAUUAUUUGCUCAUAAGGCAGAGAAGUUUAUAUUACAUAUAUCAUACAUACAUACAGAUAUCAAUGCCUUGAUUAGUACGAAUAAUGAAUCCUGCUAAGCGAUUGCAGUAAUAGAAUUUGUACCACUUGAAGUGGUCAUAACGAAGUAUGAUAAUUGGUCCUACUCCAAUACUGCUGCAAUAACAAAUUUUAAUAUAUUACCAAAGGAUAAUAAAUUAUUAUUAUUAUUAUAAUCAAGGGGAAGCGCUAAACCCGGAGGAUUAUACAGCGCCUGGGGGGGGGGGGGAUGUGGAAGGCAUUCAGGCUUAAUUCGGGGAACUGGAGCACAGAUCCAAUUUCCUAAAUCAAGAGCCCCUCACCAACCAAAAGGAUAAUAAAAAUGUAUUUCUUAUUCAACUUUAUUAUAAACUAAACAAGUGAAAAUGUUACAUUUUAUUGUUGAUCUAAAUUAAAAAGGUUUCCAUUGGCCAUUUCUUGCAAGUGUGGUUCGAGCAAGUCACGGACAUUUGUAGAAUGUAGUUCAUAGAAACCAAGCCACCUUCCAGUAUUGGUUAUUUCUUCAACAACAGCUUGCACUUCAGAGGGAAAGCCUUCAAAGUUAUUUGCACAAUGAGGCAAAAUGUGUUUCCACACUGCAUGCAUAUUGCUUGGUUAAUUCUUCCCAAGCAUGGGAAAUACUUUUGGUGUUGGUCUGUGUGUCCAUCUUCCACUAUUUUCUUCAAAAAAAAAAAAAAAAAAAUUUAGCAGCAGCUUUAUUUGCACUGGCAGACUUGCCAGUAAUUUUAACAUUAUGCAAUUGAAUUUGAUUUAUAAAAGUCAAACCAACCAUUGCUUGCAAAAAAAAAAAAAAAAAAAAAAAAUCUUCCAUUUCUGCAUUGCCAGACACACUCAGAGCUUUUGUUUGAUAAGAGUAUCUCUUUUCUAUCAUGCAGUGCUUUUAUUUCUAGUUUGCAAGCCACAAAAAGCUGAUGCACUUAUACCUUUUUCUUUUACUUCAUGUGUUUUAUAUUAUAUAGAUUCAUGCAUUCCAACAUCUUGGCCUAUUUUAAAAUUUACAAUCACCAUGUGCAUGCCAGUGUUACAUCAGUUUUUUGCCUAACGUAAUAAGCCUCCUCUUAUUUUGUGCUUGUAUUAUUUGCACUAUAAGUAUUCUUCCGUUUGUCCAUAUUUGCUUAGGGCAGUUUAUCAAAAAUUAAAAUAUAGUAUGUACUGUAAACACGUAGGAUAACUGCGGCACGUCUCCACAUAACAGACAGCAGGAUGGACAGCAAACUUCUCCGAAUCCAAUUUUGACUUGUAUUAAAUAAGGUAUGAUUUUCUAAUUAAUACUAAAUCAAAUUUUGUACCAUUCAAAGUCAUACUGAUCAAGGCUCUGCUCUGCUGUGCACGCAUGUGCACACAUGUACACACACACACACACACACACACACACACACACACACACACACACACACACACACACACACACAAUAUUGUAUUUAAAGCUUUUUGUUGAUUUAAAAACAAAUUCUAAUACACAGCCCAUUAGCAUGGGAGUGAUGUUGUCACAAAUAGCAUAAAGAGUCUGUAUAUGCUGUGCCUUCCACUAGUGAUACUUCCUUCUUGUCUUCCACUUUUCAGGAGAUUUUAUUAAUUCUUGCAUUAUCAUACUCAUAGGAAGACUGUGCAAAUGUGUUCUAAAGAGACGUUUCAACAGUUAUUGUAAGUGCUGGUGUAUGCCUGUGGUAAGGCAAACCUCACUAUUAUGCUAGAAUACCAAGGCUUACCUGUGUACCUGCUCUGUGUCCACUGUCUAUGAAAAAAUCUAAAAAAAAAUUAUGUAAAGAAAGUAGGCACUCCUUGUAGAUUUUAAAGAGUUUUAAAAAUAAACCUCGGGUCCAAACCUGAUGUUAAAGCAUGCUUGUAUAAUCUUUGACGUUAUUCCCAGAAUUGUUGAAAUGUUACAUAUUGUUGUAUGUAUAGAGGUGGAGCAAUGCGUUGGCAGCUGUUUUGGGACUGAGUUGUUGGCAACUGUGAGAACAAGCAAUAUUAGAUGUGUUGGAACUAAGUCUUCUGCUCCUUUGUAUCUUUACUUUUUUACAUGGUCAUGUUUUUAUGACUGAAACCAAAUUAAUUUUAUAUAUUUGUACAUUGAAUAGGGCCAGACUUAUGAAGAGUAUUUAUAUAUUAUCUAUAACUUGUUUAUAUUAUGAAUAGUUAUUGUCUGCUAACAGAUUGAUACUAUUAAUAAAUGUGUCCAAGAAUAAGUACUAACUUGUUACAUUUCAAACUUUCAUGCAGAGAAGUUGAACCAAAAAAAUAUAUUGUAAAUAUGUAUAUAGAAUUAUAUAUAUACUAUUUCCAUGUGCCUUUGGCAGGUACAAAUUUGUUAUUUAUGCUAACAAAGAUGAAAUGAA